AUGGGACCAAGCAAGGCAACUGUGUCUGCAUUCGCUACUCAGCUUUACAGGAACAAAGCAAAGGCUUUACAAACACAGCUCCAGUUCAACAGACAUGUUCCUGCAGCUCCAGAGAACCUGGCUCUCCAAUUCUCUAACCCCCGUCCAAUUAUAAUAGAAAAACUGAAGGCAUCCAAUAAUCAGAGAAAUCUCAGUGGAAGUGAGGACCCCAGCAUGAGAAGCUCUGGCAUAUUUUCAGUGGUAUCUGAAGAGAGACUAAAAUUGGCUAUUCAGCUAGCCAAAAGGGACAUAAAACGAAGACAAUUUGAAGAGCAAGUGAAACGGCAAGUAUUUGGAGAUGCUGCCAGUAAACCUCUGUUGGCCCAGAAGUCACAACAGCAAAAGGUUGAAGUAUUUGACAUCCCAGAAAAUAAAAAUGCACUCAAGUCUCAAACUUGUUUGAAAUAUCAGCAGAAGCUUGGUCAGGCAUCCAAAGUGGAGACUACCACCUCUGGUGCUAAAGUUUAUCACUAUACACCAAAUGAGGGAAUGCUAAUACCGGCUGGUCUGGGCUCUCCACCCAGUCAUGGCACAGGGCCAGACCCCAAGCCAAGCAUCAACAAAAAAGAAGAUAAAAGCGUGCAGGAAGUCCGACGGCUGCAGAAGGAGCUGAGGAACUAUGUCCAGAAAAUUGAAGAAUUGACUAAAAAAGGUGGAGAGAGAGAAAUUUUAGAUCCUGAUAAAGAGCAGCGAGUUUGCACUAGGAGGCGGGAGCAAGCUGCAAGGUCAGCUCGGAUGCUUUAUGUACUCCAGCAACAGGUAAAAGAAAUUCAGGAUGAUUUAGAGAAACUGAGUCCUCAUAAAGUCAAACACACGAAAAAGUCUCGAGCAGUAUCCAGGUUGGCAGCAGCACACAGAGGAGCUGUACGAGCCUUGCAGGCAUUUGCCAAUCAGUUUACAGACCAAACAGAGCAGCAGAUUCCUACCCACUACAAGGAACUGGGCAGUCUCAUUCGACAACUGUCUCUCUGUUCUGCCAAACUAGAAGUGGAUUCUUCCAUUUCUGAUGUUAUCCUAGAUAUUUUGCUGCAAGUUGAAGAUCUGGAUUCACUGCUGGAAAAGAAACAAACACCCAAAAAAAUGAAGAAGUGUAUUUCAUCAUCUCGGGGCAAAUCUCCAAGAAACACUGAGGCUUUUCCAUCCAGAAAGCAGCUUGUAUCUCCAAAAGGGGAAAACAAACACCUCAUUUUAAAGGGACAACACGGCCAAGAACCUAGAAAACCUCUAGCUGCCAGGAGUCUCUCGACUGUACAGAAGGCAAGCAGUUGUACUCGGAUAUUGCACAAUAAAUUCCAAGAAGAUGGUAAACCACCUGCUCCAGAGAAAAAUGCCACUUCACAAGGAAGCACAGAGGCACUGCUGAGAGCUAGAGCUGUGAAAAAAGAUCCCAUGCUUGAAGGUGUCCCACUGAAGAAGAAAGGUGUGUUAUUACCUGCAAAAUCACAGGGAACACCAAAAUCUCUAAAAUCAAGAGAGAUAAAGCCUCAAGGAAAGCAUGCCCGAUUUCAAGAGACAACUAUAGCUUUCCAGCUAAAAGAGAACAAACGACUUGCUAAGGAGAGCAGAAUACUCUGCACGCCUCCAAACCCUGCACACCCACCUGUUGCACCUAAGCGGUCACGGAGUGCUUCUCCAACCCUGUAUGCAAACAGAGCUGAGAAGGCAGUGCGGGAGCCCUUAGAACCUCUGUUAGAUAGGACACAGCAGGUUGCAGCAAAUGCAGAUAUUCUGAGGGAAAAGCUAUUGGAUGAUAUUUUGGAAGAUACUGCUCAGGAACUGCAGAGUAUGGAGCAGCAUGAGCAGCUCCAAAGCAAGACUCUGCCUAUACCUGGCACUCACAGUCUGGAGUCAAUGUUGGAAAGAAUGGAAGAAAUUGAAAGAUACCAGGAGGCUGUACGCAGGAGAUUCACCCACAUUGUCUACAGUGAUUUGGAGUUCUGGGCCCAGGAAGACAAAAUGGAACAGCAAAUUGCAUCAAUUGCUGACAGACCUGCAUCUCCUCCCCCAAUUCAAAUAACCACAGUAACCAGAUGCACAGAGCCAGAAACGGACAUUUUAUUUGAAAAACCUUUUGAUGGGAAUGGUACUGAUGGAAACAAAGAAGCAGAGGAGAAACUGCAGUCUGGACAUGACAUUCUGCCGCCUAUGACUAGUAAUUCUCUACAGAAAGAGGGCUGUGUGUCUCUUUCUGUGCCAAAACAUAUGCUCCAGAGCAUCUUGGAUUAUAACAGCAGAUACACGCAUCACUUAAAGCUUAUUUCCCAUGAGGCAGUAGGCAGUUUCAAUCCAUGGCAGAUUGCUGAGAGUCUUGCAGAGCAGUUAACAGAAGAAGCCCUGUGUGAUGUGGCAGCAGAGCUGCAGGAUGUUUGUGAGGAUUAUGCAGAAGCUGUAUUCACGUCUGAGUUUUUGCAGCCAGAGCAGUAAAGGCUUUCAGAUCUGCCCCAUUAUCAAAUGUAACGUAAACCUCGGUUGUAAUGGUCUUACCAGAUGAUGUAAUUUGUGUGUUUUUUUAGAAAUCUGUGAGAUUCUGUUCACCAAAGGAAU